AAAAAAAAGAAAGAUAUGCUCUGUAGUCUACACCUGUCUUUCUCUUUCCUUACGGAAAAAAAAUGGUAUUAGGUGCACCAUUUCUCUCCAUCCUUGCAAACGUAAAAAGGCAAACAGAAACUCCAUUUCUGCUUUAGCACCUAUUUCAUCUUCUCACCUCGGUGAAAGCCCUUCAGGCUUUUACGGAAGGUGGGUUUUGGCUAAAGGGGGUGCUUGGAUGUUGAGUUUAUGGAUGCUCAUGUUCUUUUGUUGAAUAAUAUCUUGUUUUGCCUCUGUCUUCAGCUUUUAAUGGAACCAAUCCUGCCCACUUUUUUUCAAAUGUAAAGAUCGGGUUUUUGGUUAUUCCUCCCCUCAUUCUGGUCAAAGGGUCUCAACCUGGUUUUGAGAUUUCUCAGGUAGGGGUGGAGGAGUUUCAGUUUUGUAAGUACAAGAUCUUGAUAAAAAAGGUUUUUGUAGAAAGGAAAAGUUGAGAAUAAGAUGGGCGAAGAUAGUAAUUCUUGGAUUAGGAGGACAAAGUUUUCACACACAGUGUGCCAUCGUUUGGAUUCAUCUAGAUUAGGUCAUGUUCCUAUCGGCAUUCAGUCAGAGCAAAAAUCAAGCCCUGCCUCAGAGGUUCAGAGGCACCCCAUAACGAACAGGCAGAGAUCUUCGUCACCAUUGCCUGUGACUUUUCUUUCUGAGGCCUUCAGGGAAGCUAGACAUGAUCAGAAGAGGUUCUCCACACCGAAUCCCCAGAGAGAAAAUAGGACUACGGGGAAGGAGUUGAACAAGGAUUCUCCGGAGACUAAGGAAUCAAGUUCAAAGUUUCCUUCCCGUAGUCCAAGUAAGAAGGUGAAGUCAAAGCACAGCAAGGAUGCAGCAUGGACCAAGUUUUUGGAUAAUGGUGGAAGCAAGAUUACUGCUGUCGAAACAGCCGAAGAGUGGAAUAUUGACAUGUCUCAGCUGUUUUUUGGCCUAAAGUUUGCUCAUGGAGCACAUAGCCGACUUUACCAUGGUGUAUAUAAGGAUGAAUCAGUUGCAGUUAAACUCAUUAUGGAACCCGAAGACGAUGAAAGUGGAGAUUUGGCUUCUCGAUUAGAAAAACAGUUCGUUAGAGAAGUUACCCUCUUAUCUCGUCUUCACCAUCAAAAUGUUAUAAAGUUCUCAGCAGCGUGCAGAAAGCCACCUGUUUAUUGUAUCAUCACAGAAUAUCUUUCGGAAGGUUCCUUGAGGGCAUAUUUGCAUAAGUUGGAGCACCAAACUAUUUCUCUACAAAAGCUUUUAACUUUUGCCCUUGACAUUGCUCGGGGUAUGGAAUAUAUACAUUCUCAAGGUGUGAUUCAUCGAGACCUUAAGCCAGAGAAUAUCCUCAUAGGCGAAGGUUGUCGCCUUAAAAUUGCUGAUUUUGGCAUUGCAUGCGAGGAAGCCUCUUGUGACAUACUGGCCGAUGACCCAGGCACAUACCGUUGGAUGGCACCCGAGAUGAUCAAACGUAAAUCCUAUGGAAGAAAGGUUGAUGUGUACAGUUUUGGGCUUAUCUUAUCGGAGAUGUUGACUGGAAAUAUUCCAUAUGAGGAUAUGAAUCCAAUACAGGCUGCUUUUGCCGUUGUAAACAAGAAUUCAAGGCCAGUUAUUCCAUCAGACUGUCCAGCUGCUAUGAGAGCUUUGGUUGAGCAGUGUUGGAGCUUGCAACCAGAUAAGAGGCCUGAAUUCUGGCAGAUUGUGAAGAUAUUAGAGCAAUUUCAAUCUUCACUUGCUCGUGAUGGAACCCUUACUCUGGUGCCGAACCCUUGUUGGGAUAAUAAAAAAGGGCUUCUUCAUUGGAUUCAAAAGCUUGGUCCUGUGCAUCAAAAUAGUGGCCCUGUGCCUAAACCCAAGUUCACAUGAAUCUUUCAAGUGUCCUGGCUUUUAUCUACACCAGGUCCGUUGUAAUUAUAAAUCAAAGGUUUGUUUUUGAAGUUCUCUGAAUGUAGUCACGUUAUGACAUUCAUGUGAUAGUAAAUUGAUUUUUAGGCUUGCACAUAAAGGUGAAAGUUUUUUUUUCUUUCUUUUUACCUGUGUGCCUACACAACUUAUGAAACUCUUGCUUCGUUUGUCAAUCUAGAGACUUCAUACCAAGAAA